AUGGCUGCAGUUGCCACCAUUCCCAUUCAAUAUAUUGCAUUAGGUGGACGUUGUGGGGGGGAGAAAGACACGCGUGAACCAUUAAUAUGUGCUAUUGGAACAUAUUGCUUUAUUCAAAAUGAAAAUUAUGGUGAAUGUCGGACAAGUUGUCCGUCAAACUGGUAUUGUCAAAAACAAACAUUACCUGAAUGGGCACCAUGUGGGGGAGAAACCUAUGUUGGUCUGACGAAAUGUAAGGAGAGUUUACAAUGCGAAGGUUAUGGUACAUUUCCAUGUGAUGCAGGUCUUACGUGUUUUCGUCGUAAUAAAUUUUUUUCAAGCUGUCAAUAUUCGUGUCCACUAAAUGUCGGUUGGGAAUGUGAGACACAACCGUAUGUUUCAGGCGUAAUUGCUGCUGGCUGGGACCAAUGUGGAGGUGAUGGUUGGAGAGGCCCAUCCGUAUGUCCAGCUGGAUAUGUUUGUUAUGCACGUACUGUUUGGUAUUCACAGUGCAGACCUGUCAAUGACUGUCCUGCAGACUGGAUUUGCACUGGACUAUUUCCGACGACAACACCAGCACCCAUUAUUACUGCAGCUCCUCUAGUCGUUCCGGCUUAUAGUCAAUGUAAUAUUGUUAAUGGCUCUGUUUGUGCUCCGGGUACUGCCUGUUUCCGAACAAAUGAUCUUGUUUCGGAAUGUCGACCAUCAUGCCCACCGGGUUGGGCUUGCGAAAUACAAACGGUCCCAAUAGGUGAACAGUGUGGUGGCGAAGGUUACGUCGGUCUUAGAACCUGUGCUCCAGGUUUACAUUGCUAUUACCGAUCAAAAUGGUAUGGACAAUGUUCGGACAAAUGUCCAGCAGCUGACUGGUUAUGCUAA